UCCUGCUUGGUCUCUCCAAUAUAUGAGAAGCGACAUUUCCGAGCAGACAUUGAACGCAGCGAGAUUAUCCACCGGUGCUGAUUCAUCAGAAAGUCGUCCAUCAUCUGCUAAAACUCGAGGAGAUUUAGAAGCAACAAUGAAUGUCUCUCAUGAAGUCAGUCUGCUGGUGCAGGAGAUUGAGCGACUCGGCUCUAAAAAUGCUGAUGGUCAAACCACUGUGAAGUUUGGCGUGUUGUUCAACGACGACAAGUGUGCCAACAUCUUCGAGGCGUUGGUGGGCACCCUGAGGGCCGCCAAGAGGAAGAAGGUGGUCCAGUUCGAGGGCGAGUUGCUCCUGCAGGGCGUCCACGACAAUGUCGACAUCGUCCUGCUCCAACAAUGAGGCCAAAGAUGUCGGACCUCAUGGGCUUCUAGCUGCUGUUGGUAAUUUCUCCAAAUACUGAGUUUCCGCAGUGUACCGGCUUAUCCCUGAGCUUCUGUUUCCAGUCAUUUCUCUUCAUGCGCAAGACUCAGUAUUUUCAUUUUAACAUUGUGACCAAACCCAUUCGAUCAAACAGUACACUUACGGACCAAGCCGGCUUACUGUCGCUAACAGAAUCACACCAAGGUGUUGAAUAUUUUUGAUUUUACCACCUGCAUUUAUAGUUUCAGAUGUUCGAGGGACGGUUCUCUCAUUCUCAGGCGCUGCUGUUUUAUCAACCACGAAUCAGACAUGUCAUUUUGAUACACUUUUAACACUUCAAACGCACAAAUCAGAAUUGUAUUCAUUUGUUUAAUGCAAUUUAUUUGGGUGUUUUCGUUCAUUUUUAGGCGCCAAAUGCCUCUCUUGAUUGUACUGUGUCAGGCCAAAGACACAGUGGUAAUAAUACUGGCUAGAUUUAGCAACUUCCACACAUCUAGACUGGAGAACCGACUGACUGUUUGUUUCCGUCAGGGACAUUUGUUUUUAAAGCUGCACUCGGCAAAUGUCGGUGCAGCUUUAAAAACAACAACUAGAGCGCGUGUCCACCCAGUGGCGGUCCCAUUUAUUGUUUACAUGAGCUAUUAAGACUACCUCUUGUGGACUUUGCAAAAAGACAUUAUAACACCAGUGCUAAGUGAAAUCUAAGAACGAUUCCCUCUUAGAAACUACAACGACAAAGUGCAUUUCAAGAAAGAUUUUUGCACCUUUUUGUACUUACUGCAAACUGCUAGUGUAGUUUUUAUUCCAUCUUUUUUACAAGUGGUCAAUAAUGACUUUUUCUCUGCUUAAAAAGAAAAAAAAAAUCUCCAAAUCUGUUUGCCUUUCGUAAGAAAUGGUUGGUGAGCGAAUGCCUAAAGUAUUCCGUGUGCAAUUUCUAUUAGUGUUUAAUUACAGGGUGAUUGGUGCCAAAUGCAGAAGAUGAAUUUGUAAUGUUUCUCAGGACCAAAACCUACCAAACUAUGUUUAAUAAUUGUCCUGUAAGGUGUCUUGGAAGAUGUGCAUUUAUAGUUUAAUUUAAUUUUCUCAGUCUUUGUUUUGUACUGUAGGUCAAUGGAUACUUGCAGAUCAGACCAGGCUGACGAGCUUGAUCCCCCCCGAUCAGAGCUCUUAAUGUGUGGGUGAUUUAUUAUGUUUGUUGAAGAAGGGGUUCAAUUUGUGAUUGAAUAUUGAUUCAAUAUCAUCGAUGUAAAUUUGACUCCUUCUAGCCUCCAUACAGCUCACAUCGGGGUUUGUAUGGAGGCCAAGAGGAGUCAAACAAUAAGGCAAAA